AAGUAACUCACCUUUCGUUGAGCUUUCUCCUCCUACCUCCGCCGUCUUAACAGCAAAACAUCGAGAUGGGUGAAGAAGUUAAAGCAGUGGUUCCCGAAUCUGUGUUGAAAAAGCAGAAAAGGAGUGAGGAGUGGGCUUUGGUGAAAAAGCAAGACGUAGAAGCUGAAAAGAAGAAGAGGUCUGAAACGCGGAAACUGAUUUUCAGCAGAGCCAAACAAUACGCAAGGGAAUAUGAUGAACAGCAAAAGGAGCUGAUUAGGUUGAAGCGUGAAGCCAAGCUUAAGGGCGGGUUUUAUGUCGAUCCCGAAGCUAAGCUCUUGUUCAUAAUCAGGAUCCGUGGUAUCAAUGCUAUGCACCCUAAAACAAGGAAGAUUCUGCAGCUUCUGCGUUUGAGACAGAUCUUUAAUGGCGUCUUUCUCAAAGUUAACAAAGCAACCGUGAAUAUGCUGCACAGGGUAGAGCCUUUUGUUACCUUUGGGUACCCUAAUUUGAAAAGUGUCAAAGAAUUGAUCUACAAGAGGGGCUACGGAAAAGUUAACAAGCAGAGAAUUGCUUUGACAGACAACUCUAUUAUUGAACAGACUUUGGGAAAGCAUGGGAUUAUCUGCAUUGAAGAUCUAAUCCAUGAGAUCUUGACUGUUGGACCUCACUUCAGGGAAGCAAAUAACUUUCUAUGGCCUUUCAAGCUGAAAGCACCCCUUGGUGGUUUGAAGAAGAAAAGAAAUCAUUAUGUUGAAGGAGGUGACGCUGGCAAUAGGGAAGAUUACAUAAAUGAGCUUAUUAGAAGGAUGAAUUAGUUUUUGUCAUAUCGUUGUUAGUAUUAAAUUGUUGAGGCUAAGACAUUACUUUCGUUCAUUCCAGUUUUGUUUUAAAAGAUUUAUGUCGUGUUAUUUUGAAUUAUGCUUUAGAAGAUCGGGAUGUUAAUCAAUUGCUUGCAGUGCAAUGAAAGGUUCCCUAGAUUUAUGUCUUGUUAUACCAUCAAACUAGUUUUGUUUUUAUGUAUGAAGACG